UUCACUCACACCAGCCUGGCUGGCUUUGGGAGCUGAACCCUUUUCCCAGACACUUUCACGUGGGGCACAAAGAAGGCUUUGAAGCAGAGACUUGAAAUGCCUGUGAAGAUGGUCGCGAUCUUUGGAGCCUCAACGGUACUUUGGAUACUGUUUGCAGUCUCUCAAGCUUUUAAAAUCGAGGUCUCCCCUGAACACAGAACGAUAGCUCAGAUUGGAGAUUCCAUGUCCCUGACUUGCAGCACCACAGGCUGUGAGCCACCAUCAUUCUCAUGGAGAACCCAGAUAGACAGCCCACUAAACGGGAAGGUGAGGACAGAGGGGGCCAAGUCCAUUCUGACCAUGGAUCCUGUCAGUUUUGAAAAUGAACACUCUUACCUGUGCACAGCAACAUGUGGCACUGGGAAGCUGGAAAGAGGAAUCCGAGUGGACAUCUACUCAUUCCCUAAGGAUCCAGAGAUUCAAUUCAGUGGCCCUCUGGAGGUUGGAAAGCCAGUGACCAUCAAGUGUUUGGUUCCAGAUGUUUAUCCGGUUGACAGGCUGGAGAUAGGUCUGUUCAAGGGUGAUCGUCUCUUGAAGAAUCAGGAGUUUCUAGAAGAGAUGUCAAAGAAGUCUCUGGAAACCAAGAGUUUGGAAGUAACCUUUACUCCUGUCAUUGAAGAUACUGGAAAAACUCUUGUUUGCCGAGCUAAAUUACACAUUGACCCAAUUGAUUCUAUGCCCAAAGAAAGGGAGACUGUCAAAGAACUACAAGUCUAUACCUCUCCCACCAAUACAGAGAUCUCUGUGCAUCCCUCCACAAGGCUUCAUGAGGGAGGUGCUGUGACGAUGACCUGUUCCAGCGAGGGUCUACCAGCUCCUGAGAUUUUCUGGAGCAAGAAAUUAGAUAAUGGAGUUCUCCAGCUCCUCUCAGGAAAUGCCACCCUCACCUUAAUUGCUAUGAGAAUGGAAGAUUCUGGAAUCUAUGUGUGUGAAGGAGUUAAUCUGAUUGGGAGAGACAAAACAGAGGUGGAAUUAGUUGUUGAAGAGAAACGAUUUACUGUUGACAUCUCCCCCGGAUCUCAGGUGUCCGCACAGGUUGGGGAUUCAGUUGUUCUGACAUGUGCUGCUGUUGGCUGUGACUCCCCUUCUUUUUCUUGGAGAACCCAAGCAGGCAGUCCCCUCAAUGGGGAGGUGAGGAAUGAGGGAGCCAAAUCCACACUGACGUUGAGCUCUGUGAGUUUUGAGAAUGAACACUCUUACCUGUGCGCUGUGACCUGUCUACAAAGGACACUGGAGAAGGGAAUCCAGGUGGAGGUCUACUCAUUCCCUGAAGACCCAGAAAUCGAGAUGAGUGGGCCACUUGUGCAUGGGAGACCUGUCACUGUCAACUGCACAGUCCCUAAUGUGUACCCCUUUGACCAUCUGGAGAUUGAAUUGCUGAAGGGGGAGACUACACUGAUGAGUAAAUAUUUUUCGGGGGAAAUGGGCAUAAAGUCUCUAGAAACCAAAAAUUUGGAAGUGACCUUCAUCCCCACUGCUGAAGAUACUGGGAAAGCUCUUGUUUGCCUCGCUAAGUUACACAGUGGUGAAAUGGAAUCUGAACCCAAACAAAGGCAGAGUACACAGCCUCUUUAUGUCAGUGUUGCCCCCAAGGAAACAACCAUCUUGGUGAGUCCCUCUGCUGUCCUAGAGGAGGGCAGUCCUGUGAACCUGACCUGCUCAAGUGAUGGUUUUCCAGCUCCCCAAAUCCUAUGGAGCAGACAGCUAAAUAAUGGGGAACUGCAGCCUCUUUCUGAAAAUACUACCCUCACCUUUGCAUCUACAAAAAUGGAAGAUUCCGGCAUUUAUGUGUGUGAAGGGGUUAACCAGGCUGGAAUUAGCAAAACAUCGGUUAAACUGAUUGUCCAAGACAUACAGCUUACAGUCUUUCCGUCUAAGAGCGUCAAAGAGGGAGACACCGUCAUUAUCUCUUGCACUUGUGGAAAUAUGCUGGAAACGUGGAUAAUCCUGAAGAAGAAAGCAAAGACAGGAGACAUGGUGUUAAAGUCUGUUGAUGGCUCAUACACCAUCCGCAAGGCACAGCUGCAGGAUGCCGGCGUAUACGAGUGUGAAUCUAAAACUGAAGUUGGCUCACAAUUAAGAAGUUUAACACUUGAUGUAAAAGGAAAAGAAAAUAACAAGGACUCCUUUUCCCCCGAACUUCUUGCACUCUACUGUGCAUCCUCCUUGGUAAUACCUGCCAUCGGGAUGAUCGUUUACUUUGCAAGAAAAGCCAACAUGAAAGGAUCAUACAGUCUGGUGGAGGCACAGAAAUCAAAAGUGUAGCUAACAUCUGAAAUGCUUGAAAAAAAAAAAGACAUUAUUUAUAAAACCCAGAUCCUUGAUACUCUUAGUUACAGCCCCAUCCCCUCCACAAACCAAGCUAUGCAUUCAGAUUUCCCAGAACCCUUCUCAGAAAAGAGGGAAAAGAAGUGGCUGCUUGAUCCUUUGCUGAAUGCAAGAAGCCAACCAGAAAUACUCUGCUUGACAAGUCCCCAUCAUCGAAGUGACUGGAACAGUCCCAUGAUGUGUAUAUAAAUAGCAUAAUCUGUAUAUAUGUAAAAUAAAAUUAUGUCAUCGCAAGUUUGUUUAGAGUAGCAGCACUCCACAUGCAGGUCAGAAUGUAAUCAGAAAGUGUUGCUUGAAUUGACUGUUGUAACUUAAUGCUCCUUAGGAAAGUUUAAUAUUAAUGUUAAUGUUGACUAGGCAGCUGACCAGUGUCACCUUUUUACAUUUUAUUUUCUUCAAUCUAAUUUUAUUCCUGUGAAUUUUAUUGACAAUGAUUUCCUGUUUUUAAAAGAAGCCAGGGUUUUAUAUUUUUAUAGGCAAAUGGUAAAGAGGUCACUGGGUUGACUUUCAGGUACUACUUUCCUAAUUCAUGGUAUAAUGGUUAAGCAGUUUUUUCUAGGUGGUACUGUACGGUACGGGGACAUGUCUCUUCACUGAGAUCUUGUGUAAUGACUAACAUGGUUUAAAUGCAACUUCAUUUGACUUAUCUUUCAUAAAUACUAUAGUAAAGUGAAAAUUUCUGAACAUAGAAGAGUUGUGUAUCAUUUGUUGUAAAUUUAUCUCUAAUUAUUGUGUUGUUCUAGAAUUUGCAGUUAUAAGAGUGAAAACUUUAAACUAUUAAUAUAAUACAGAUGAUAUUCAAAGCAUGGCCUUUAGACUACUCUUAUCAAAAUCACCACAAGAAUAUGAUAAAAUAAACAGAUUUAUUCAUAUCCUCUUAA